AUGAACAAGCAGAAAACGAUUGGAAAUUUGCAGCGAUGGUUGUGGAUAGAUUAUGUUUAUUUAUAUUUACAAUAUUCAUUGUUGUCUCAACAUGUGGUAUCAUGUUCAGUUCGCCACAUCUAA